AGCUCGAGGCACUGGUGAGAGAGUGGCAGAUGAAUGAACCGGACACAACGAACAACGCAUGGAAACUGGAGUAUAAUGAUUGGGUGGAGUUGGUGCUUCCUGCCCUCAAGUUUCUCUCAAAUCAAUCAAUUGGCACGAGUUCAUCUUAUGAAGCAUUCAAUCCGUUCGUAGCCUUCGACGAGAGUAGUCAAUCGUGGAGGUGGGUCAGCGAGGAAAUGUUCGACAACGACGAUCAGUUAUCAGUGUUGUAUUAUCAUUGGAUGGAAGAAAGAAAUAGUUUGCAGUUGGACAGUUCAAUAGCUGAAUCGUCUGCCGUUGUCCCUGAAGCAAGAUUUCGCACAGAUUACAUCGUGCAAGUGAGCACAUUCGAGGAACGUGAAACAUUCAGAGAACAGGAGCGCCAAAGAUUUAACAAUCCACAUCGUUCGUUCACUUACCGUCAACAUGGUUACGAAUCGACAGUCGGUCCUGUCAAAGGAGUGUAUUCAAGAGAGAGCAACAUGAUGAAAGCCAGAGGACACGCCUUGCUCGUCAGGGACAGACCCGCUUGUGUCAAUAUUUUGACGCUAGUUCACGACAGUGCUGCUCGUCUGCCAAAUGGACAGGGAACCAGAGCAGAUAUUUGCACCCUUCUGAAAGAUUCACAGUAUCUUGCUGAUGACAUAGCUGAGGCGCAGUUGCACACUGUUGUCAGUGGAGCUUUGGACCGGCUGCAUUAUGAGAAGGACCCAUGCGUAAAAUAUGAUGGCGCCCAGAAAGUCUGGAUACACAGGCAUCGCAACAGGACUGAGGAAGAAUUUGAACGAAUCCACCAAAUGCAACGAGCCGCCAUUAGAGCCAAAAAAUUAGCAUCAACGAUGAAAUCAAACAUGAGGAAGAUACAGCAGCAACAAAUAAAACUACAACAGCAACAAAAUCAAGUUCAGUCAAACGUUGAUUCAACAGUUAAAGGUUGUCCUCAAAAUGUGCCACAUGCUCACAAGAAACAAAAGCAAUCAAAAUUAUGCGCCAAACUGAGUGAAUCUGCCGAAUCUUCAUCGGCCAUCGUCAAUGCAAAUGAUUCCGUUAAUUUAAACAAACAGCUGUUGAAUUAUCAAGAGGUGCCACAGAAGCAAUCAAAGAUUCAAGCGAUAUUGCAGCUGCCAGAUAAUACUUUGCCCGACGUAGCAUUCACUGAGAGGAAACAUCUACUACAGCAGACAUCACGUCUCCAGGCCCAACAACUGUUGGCUAAUAGAAAACCGUCCACCUCUGGGAUUCCCAAUUUGAACGUUCAACAACAUGACUCAACUAUGGAACUGGUUAAAGCAUCAUCAUUGAUGAGCGAUUUUCAGCUUGCUAAUCAGCAGAAACAAGCAUCGGGGUUAAAUGUCUGCGCCGCAACAUCAGUAACUCUGCAACACAUCUCCAGGCCACAAAUUUCCAACUCUUCCAAGCAGCUCUUUUCACAGCACAAUCUAAUAUUAAUGUCACAAAAAAAGCAGGACAAGCAGUACAGCACUAUUACAACUUCGGCGACCGAGCGGGUCAAUCCAUCAUCUCCCUGGAACAACGAAUAUGUUGCAAAGUUAUUGAAAAGUAACAAGUUUAAUACUACUACAACACUCCAGCAACAAGUAGCAACGUCAUCAGCAGCCUUGUUAACAUCUUCAGUAGUUAAUUUGCUAAGCAAUGUUCAAAACAUUAACAGCCCCAGUGUUAAGAGAAAUGUAUUGAAUUUGAACGCUAUCAGGUUGUUGUCAUUACCUCCUAGACUUGUUAACGUCGACCAGUCAAAACUAUUGAAAGCAGAUCAAUCCAUGGUCUUGCGAAGUACGUCAAAUAAUGUUCCUAUAGUUCAGUCCAAUAUUUCAUCCACUAACAUGCUGAUGGUAUCGCACAAUAUUACAAAUACUUCUCAGCUUAUGACAUCUAGAUUACCAACUUUAGAUAAUGCACAACUUCCAGUGCUGAACGUAAAGCCGUCAUCAUCAUUAAAUUCACUCAUGGCAUCAUUGGCACCAGUAACCAUGAAGCAAGUACAACAGCAAAAACAAAUUGGUCAAAUGCAAACACUUAGACCACAAAUACUCUCAACAAACGUUCAGCCACAGCAGCAAGCACAACAAAUACGGACGCUUUUUCUCUCUCCUCAACAACAGCAACAGUUGAAACAAUUGCAACAACUAAGGUCACCUGCAUCACAACCGUUAGCAGCACAACAAGCGACAUCGCCAGCUCACCUGCCAAUCACAUUGCAAGGGUUUCUACAAUUGAUUAACCAGAAUCAGAUCAAUAUCAACAACCAUGCAGCUUCUGUGCCAACAACUAAAAGAUAGACAUUUUUAUUCUAACGCAUUUUUAUGAGAAGUUUUUCAUGCAUUUCAACGUAAAAGUGUUUUUUGUAACAACAAGAAGCUCAACAAAAUAAUAAUUUCAACUUGUUUCUUAUAUUUGUUUUCUGUUUUUUAUAUAUUUGGUUUUUAGUACUUUUGGCUUGAAUAAUUAAUGAAUAAUAGAAA